AUUUGCACAGUGCAAAUAACAGACUGCUAAAUAACGCUAUUUUACUCAGUGUAUAUAGAAGUGAAUUACACAUGAAAUACAAGUUUAUUUGAGGGAUUCUCAUUUCCCAUAGAAGUGAAUGUGCCAAGAUAACGUGUGUGUGGUUUGUGUACAAUAUCACCACGUCAAAUCAUGUUAAAAAUGACCCUUAAACCGUCUCAUGCAUUAGUAUUGAGGAAACAACACAGUGUGGUAAUUGCAGGUUUGCAGGCGCUUUUGACUAAUCGGCUGGAAUAAAACGUAAACACAUUCCUCAUCACGAUUCUCAGUUGGUCCAUAACACUGUUACCUGCUAGAUAGAUGGGGGACACAGUGCUUCAGUAAAAUGUAAUCAAGUUUGUAAUCUAAAUAACUCAGUAAAAAAGCAUGUAAUAUAGUUAAAGUCGGUUUAAAAGGCUUUGAAAACUUGUGUUUAUUUUUUUGCUGGCCCCUUGCAUCAAAAAUUGGUAGUAGCCUAAGCCUUAUAAUCAAGUGACCCGUAGUUGUGUCUUGUCUGCUGGCUUAGAUGGGAAGAGCACAUGAUUAACUUGUACAAUUAAAAUUUGGUCCUUUACAGCCAAGUUCCAUUGAGAGCAGUUUGGUUGUUUUAGCUGAAGUGUGAACUGUGAUUCUCACAGAAUCAAAACAAUUAUUAAAACUGUAUAUUUAUUUGUUACCUUCGGUGUGAAUAACACUUAACUCCACUGGGUUCCACAGACUAAAGUUGGAUGAGUAAGAAACAAUAUGAUUUGUUUUGUGAGCUUUUGCUUUAAAAGUCAUCUUGUUCAUUAAAUCAGAGAAGGAGUGUGUUACAGUAAGUAUUUUCAGACCCGUGUUGCUUCUGUUGUUUCCCUGAGCUAUUAAUGGGGUAGUUCACCCUGAAAUUAAAAUUCUGUCGUCAUUUACUCACCCUCAAUUUGUACUUAGUUAUUUGCCAAAUAGUUGCUGGUAGCCAUUGACUGCAGUAGUAUGGAAAAUACAAUGUAAGUAAAUGGCUACCAGGAACUGUUUGGUUACCAACAUUGGAAAUAUUUUCUCUUGAGUUCAGCAGAAAAGAAAAGCAUUUGUACAGGUUUGGAACACCAUGCGUCUGAGUAAAUAAAACCACUCAGUGCACAUCUCUCAUGUUUUGUUUUGUUUUCUGGAUUAGUACGUAAUGGUUUUGUAACGAAGGCAUGAAUGCACGCUGCACAUUUUAAUAAAACCAAUGCAGUGCAGCAAACAUGCCACAUAGUUCCUUGGUAAAGUGUCGACCUCCUAAACGGGACACAUGUUCAAACAAACGGCUGAAACGCUGCUCUUAGCAUAUAGCGUGCCUUGUUGAUCCAGAAGGUUCUUCUGCUUCUCUUUUUUAUUUGCAGAGUCACCAGAAGGACACACAUCGUUCAUCCAAUAACUUCUCCAAUCAUGCUUCAGCUGGUCUUGAAGACUUCCCGUGUCACAUGGGUGCGUUUUUCCGCUCUGGUGUUCACUUGUGUGGCGUUUAGCGCGGUAUCUUAUGGAGGGUUGAUCACCGGCGGCGUGGCCGACUGGAGCAUCUUCUGCUGGGCUUUCAGCUUCGCCGGGACGCUGCUGGUUUUGGUGGUGGAGCUCAUGGGUCUCCAGUCUCGUGCCACUGUGUCCUGGAUCGACUUCCCUGGUGCUUUCGCCUGCUAUGCCUUGCCUUUUUGCCUGUCAGCGUCUAUCAUCUUCCCACUGUACUUCCUGAAGGGUGAAGCGAGGCAGGACGAGGUGCGAGACCACCGGAUCGCCUCCUCUGUCUCCUCCUGCCUGGCCACCGUGGCUUAUUUCAUCGAGGUGAGUCUGACACGAGCACAACUGGCUGAAUUCGCCACCCAGUACAUGGUGAAGGUCCCUGGCCUGGUGAAGGUUUGCGAGACGUUUGUGGCCAGUGUCAUAUUCGUGUUUGUGAGCGACCCCGUCUCGUAUGACAGUCACUGGGCUCUGAAGUGGUGCAUGGCUGUGUACUGCAUCUGUUUCAUGAUUUCGGCGGCCAUCGUGGUGAUGUGCGGCGCUGGAUGCACCGGGUGGAUGUCAUUCGACCGCUUCCUCUCCUUCUACAGUCUGUUGGCGGCCGUCAUGUACCUCACUGCCACUAUCAUUUGGCCGGUCUUUAAUUUUGACAGCCGUUUUUCGAGAAGCUCAAGCCGACCGGACUACUGCCGAAACAGUCACGGUUUGUGUCCGUGGGAUAAACUGGUGGUCGUAGCCGUUCUCACCGCUCUUAACUUCCUGAUCUACCUCACAGAUCUGGUGUAUUCUGUCCGAAUGCUGCUUGUCAGGGAGUGAGAGAGCAAACAGUCAUUGUUUCCUGAACAUUGAUGAAAUCUACACACUCAGAAAUAAAGGUACAAAAGCUGUCACUGGGGUGGUACAUUUUCAAAAGGCACACUUUUGUUCCUAUUAGGUACUAAUAUGUACACUUUAUGGACCCAUUAGGUACAAAAUGUGCCUUUUGAAAAGGUAAUGCCCCAGUGACAGCUUUUGUACCUUUAUUUCUGAGAGUGUAGUGAUGCACCGAUGUAUCGGCCACCGAUAAUUAUCGGCUGAUUUUUCCUCAAUAUCCAACCAUUGGCAUAUCGGCCAUAUAAAGAAAAGGCUGAUUUAACAAACCGAGGGUUUAUGAAUUAACUGAAGGCACUGAGCUGUAUAAUGUCUGUUGUGUAAUCCUAGCGCUGCUGUCUGCACUUUAAUGUUAAUCAAAUAGCAAAAGAUCGCACACUAUUCUUGACUAAAUAACUUUUGUAACUUUCGUAAGUGUAUGGACCUCACUUGAAUGAUGUGUUACUGCCUUAACUGAUGUUUUAUUAAGUUUAUUGCUUACUUUAUCACUCAAAAAAAAACAAAAAAAAAACAUAAGAGCUAAACAAAACUCAGUUUGAGAAGUGCACAUUAAACGUGCUCUCUCCAUUGCAUUAUCAUCAACAUACAGUGAAUUACACAAAACACCCAUUGCAACUAACAGUUAACAAAUAUAUACCUCGUGCCUUUUUGGGGGGUGCUUAAUAAACUGACAAACUUUUAAUCUGAAGAACUGUGUGCUUUCAGUACCCAUGUUUGUCACCUGUAAGUGUUGUGGAAGGCAGACAGGGCCAAAAGUCUUUAAAUUGAAUGUGUGGAAUUGGACCACAGUAACAUGGCCAUUUUGAAUUUGUCUCUGCAUGUGUAUGAAAUCGCUGAAAAACUAAAAUUGUAUUUUGUACUAACAUUCGAAUUUAAAAUGCAUAAUUUCAGUAGGGUGAAGAAAAGGCCACAAGAGGGAGCAUCGAGAUAAAUAUUACUAAUGCACUUUAGAUAUAAAGCCAUCACCAGGUGGAACCAAAUGGAAAUAUGUAUUAAUUAAAAAUAAAUUAAUCUCUUUUAUACAUGUCACAAUAACAUCAAAAUCCUGGAACUUUAGAUUAAAUACUAAAACAAAUUCUGCUGUAGGAAACCUAUGGACAACCUUUUUGAUUACUGAGCAUCAGAUGUGUGAAGGGGUUUUUCCUCUCUGACAAAUCACACAGAUGCAUUAUAGAUAAAGACACAGAUAAAGAUCAUAUUACAGCAGACAAAAUUAAUAUUUUAUGGCCAACAUGUUGUAGAUUAAUAUUUUUUUGGGAAAUUUUUUAAGCCGAACUGUUGUAAGUCAUGCAGGUCUUCUUAUGAUGCUCAACUUUGGGAAGACCUUCAGGAGGACUGAAAGAAGUGAAUCAUGACAUAUCAGCUAAAAGAAUGGCUUCUGUAAUCAAAAACAAUGGAGAAACAAACUAAAUAUUAAUAGCAGGUUACAUUUAUUAUUUGUAUUGAUAUAAAUGCAUUUACAUUUUCAGUAUGCUCUUUGUUAUACUAUGCAUUUGUUGUUGUUGUUGCAAUAAAUCCCAUAUUCCAUGA